GAAGGGAAAUGGGGACUGCAGAAGGCGUCACACCCGGAAGUGCAGAGCCGGAAGUGGGGUUGAACAGGUUAUCCCCAGGGGUGGGGAAGCAGAGGCCCUGGAGGAGGCGGGGAGAAGAAGGCGGAGGAUCCUGGCCACUACUCUGAAUCGGAUACCGAUUCUCUUCGAACUCAAGAAAAAGGGAAGAGUAUCUCGCCCUCGUCCUCCUUUCCUUCCUUUCCUCAGCCUCAGCCAUGGCCGAAGCAGGGGCCGGGCUGAGUGAGACCGUCACUGAGACAACGGUUACCGUGACAACCGAACCGGAGAACCGGAGCCUCACCAUUAAACUUCGGAAACGGAAGCCAGAGAAAAAGGUAGAAUGGACGAGUGACACUGUGGACAAUGAGCACAUGGGGCGCCGCUCAUCAAAAUGUUGCUGUAUUUAUGAGAAGCCUCGGGCCUUUGGUGAAAGCUCCACCGAGAGUGAGGAGGAGGAAGAAGAAGGCUGUGGUCACACACACUGUGUACGGGGCCACCGCAAAGGACGGCGCCAGGCAACCCCUGGACCGACCCCCACCACACCUCCCCAGCCUCCUGACCCCUCCCAGCCCCCUCCGGGGCCAAUGCAGCACUAAAUUCCUCUCUUCCCCAUACUCUUGUGUCUGUCUGGCCCUGAAUGUAUCCACGUGGCUACCUGGGGACAAAACCUGUGGCUUGAUCCCUUUUCCCUCUCCUCUGCCUGACAGAGGAAAGAAAGGGAAGGUGAACAGAGGUCCUUGCCUGAAAUUCUGACUUGCUGCUAUUCCAGAACCCAGAUCUUUGGGUUUCCCCAGCCCUCACUCUUCUCCCAGUUUUUACCCUGCCAAGGAUUUAGGCAUCUUGGUCCCAGUCUCUUCCCUUUUUCUCACUGCCAAACUGCCUGUCCUGGGAUCCAGUUACAUAUCUCAAUACCCCUGCACGCUUGACAUGAGUCCCAAACAGUUAAAUUUGGGUUUUGGCAGUCUCAGCUUUCACUGCCAGGCCCCAGUCAGAUUCCAGGCAGUCUCACCCCAGCUGUGCUUGUUAGUCCUGGCCUGCAGCUCAUCCAUGUAUGCAUUCAUAUAAUCCUGAUUGUCAGUCCUUGCUUGUAGGACGUGAGGUCUUCAGAGAGAUCACAGGGCACUGCCCUUUCCCUCCUACUUCCCCCUUUGAAAGCUCAGAAGGAGCCAGGAGAGAGAGAGAGAGGCUUUGUCAUUUUUACCACUGAUGGAAAGUGGAAGUCAUGUCCUUUCUUCCCCACACUUCUGAUACGUAUUUCUGACAAAGCUGACUUGAGACUGGUCACUUAGAACCAAGAAUCUUUUUGGCCUUUGGCCUUUCCGCUUCAGAGACAUCAUAAAGUGCACAGUGGAGGCAGAAAGCGAAGAAGAUGGGAGCAAACGA